AUGGAGCCAUUCCAGUACGAGCCCCUUGACCUGGGAAUAAGGUCAUUUCGACUCCUCAUUCUUUACCCCGGAGAUGACGACAUCCGAUGCGACAUAUUCCAGGCGGUUCUUGAGCCCGACGACAUCAUUCCAUAUGAGGCCCUCUCAUACGCAUGGGGUGGGAUCGACCGCACCGAGACCAUCACUGCUAGUGGCAAACGGCUACCCGUCACAGAGAGAUUAUUCACAGCCCUGGUUCAUCUUCGAACCAACGAGAUGAGAAUACUUUGGGUCGAUGCGAUUUGCAUCGACCAAGACAACAUUGCUGAGCGAGGUCAUCAGGUAGGACAGAUGGCUGGGAUAUACAGGCAAGCAGAGCAGGUCCUCAUCUGGUUAGGGCCCGGGACACCCGACACGGUACUUUUGAUGCAGGGCUUGCAAUUUCUCCAUCAUGAAUCCAUACGUCGAAAGUGCCGGGACGAUAUAGCGUGGGCUAGAACUCGGUGGCAAUGCCUUCAGAUGGAUAAAGGCUUCUCUGCGCUUGCAAGGGACUCUUUCCCAAGAGGUUUGCUACAUAUGUUGCAGCAAGCGUGGUUCACAAGAAUAUGGGUGUUGCAAGAAGUAUCCUAUGCCCGAGUGGCUUCAAUCUGCUGCGGGGAUUUCUCUGUUCCCGCAUACAUUUUCGUCAUGGCGACACAGCUCAUCAAGAAUGAGGACAACGCAAUCUUCGAGCUCGGCGACCAGCGACAGACCCUCCUUGACCUCAUGCCAAGCCCAUCAAACAAAAGAAUUACGAGAAAGAGGAGUUUGCAUACUCUGCUACAGAAGUUCCGUGAAAGUGAAGCAACGGAUCCCCGCGACAUGGUUUACGCACUCCUUAGCAUUGCAUCUGAUACGCCGAAAGACGCGAACAACACUCCACUGGUGCCUGACUACUUUAAGACCGAAACAACGCUCAUCAGAGAUCUACUGUGGUACCUAUCCUGUGGGAAUUCCGUCCAACACGAGAUACUCGACACCGAUUUACGACUACGUGCGUUUCUCAAGAUGUUACCAGCAGUGACUGAUGCUAGCUUCGAAAGCUGUAUAGGCAAUGGCAACCUAGAUGGCAUCGAGGAAUUGCUUGCUAGGGGUCAGAGCUUUGAGAUCACCCGGAAGGCCAUUUCAGCAUUAGGAAGCAGGGUAGGCAUUGUUUUGACUAACCUCAGACUUCCGGACGAGGAACUAUGUAUCAAUAGGUAUGCGACAUAG